GUGCAAUCCAGCGGAAGUCAACUACAGGGCCCUUCAGUACAGUACUGCUUGCAUGCUUCUCACCUGUAAAACUGAUUUCACUUCUCUGACUGACUGACUCCAGUAUAAUUGACCGCCAUGGCUGAAACGGGAUUCUGUGCCAGGGUUGUACAAAUAGCGUUUGUCCUCAUAAACAUCUUCUUUGUGCUUCUUGGAGUUGGACUGAUAGCUGGUGGGAGCUACCUUGUGGCCAGUGGUAGCUCUCUGGCAGUGUUUGCAGGCUCAAUUGCAAUAGGACUGUCUGUAGUCAUCAUCUUAGUGGGCAUUGUUGUGUUCUUCGUUGCUGCAAUUGGUAUCUUAGGAGGCAUCUUUCGACACAAGCUACUUCUGGGAAUUUAUCUCGUGGCUCUGGUCCUUAUCAUCGUUGCAGAAGUGGGCGUUGCUGUUGCAGGCAUUAUCAAGAGAGGGGAGCUGGAAGGUGUUAUUAGUGUUAACGUUGGAACAGUAUUGGACAACUAUGCCAAUCACAACAAAACUGACCUCAGUGCCAUUAACUUUGUUCAGUGGACUUUUAAAUGCUGUGGCUGGAAUAACUCCAAUGACUAUGUUGUGAGAGAUGCUCCCAUUCCUAUGAGCUGUGAUUGUACCAACAAUGUUACUGGUACCUGUGAACCCCUCAAUAGCAACCGUACCAUCUGGAGCAUUGGAUGCAAAAGUGGUGUAAGCAGUGCCUUUCGCACCUACCUAGCAGUCAUCAUUGCUCUGGCUAUAUUGGUCGCUCUGAUUGAAAUAAUGGCUGUGUUGCUCUCUCUAUGCUUGUGUUGCUCAGGCAAGAAAGAUAACUACGAGACCGUCUAAAAACACACCCACCCACGUCUUAUGACUUGAACUCAGAACAUUUUAGCAGUUAGCAGUGACUGUCUCCCAGUAGCAUGCAACUAUACAAUGAAUGUUUUACUCUAAUUACCGUUUUAAAUUUUAAUUGAUCAAUAAAAACAUGAAA